UUAAAAAAUACUAUACAUUUUUAGUAAAAUGUCCCUGAUAAUGACUAAAGCCGCACUUGCAAUGAAGAAUCCUGAGAAUAAUUUUAAAUUCGUUAAAUUUGAAGCUCACAAGCCUAAAAAGAAGAAUACUGUGGAUAGUGAUAAUAAUGAAACAAAACCUGGAAGUCAACAAUCUAGCAAAGAUUUAGACCUUAAGAAGAUUCGCCACGAAGUUGUUAAGUUUGGAAUGUCGGGUUUUGACCCGACGAAGAAAGAAGAAGCGAGGAUAGCACUUGCAGUUAGUUUAGGUGCCAAACCCCCCAAAAAGGAAUAUAUAAAUUAUAAAGAACUGAUGGAGAAGAGAAAACAAGAAAAAAUAAAAGAAACAGAAGAAAAACAACAGAUGCGGUCCAAGAGCAUAUUGCAGACUGGAGGCAAGAAGAAAAAGAAGACAAAUAAUGAUGUUGGACAUUUACUUAGCAGUUAUGGAAAGGUAAAAAAGGAUGAUUUAAAGAAAGCUGAUAAAGGACCAAAAAAGAAGAAGAAGAAAAGUAAAGUUAUUUGAAUAAAAACAUAUUUGAAACAUUUGAUUUUAUUGUUACGUUAAUAUUGUAUCUACACCUAAACCACAUA